ACACACACGUACCCGGAGAAUGGUAGAGUGUGAUCCGGGGGGAGGGAGGAGAAACAGAGAGAAAGAGAGAGAGAGAGAAAAGUUAAAGUAAAACAUGGCUGCUUCCUCCUCCUCCUCCUCCUCCUCUUCUCCUCCAGACCCCGCGGAUCAGACCGAGAGCGGCGGCGGGGAGUGCCCGGCCGCGGUGAAGGAGGAGUCGGACUCGGACUCGGGGCCGGACGCGGCGCUGGAGCAGCUGCUGGAGGAGAGGCUGCGCGGCUCCCCGGUGCGGAGCUUCUCCCCGGAGCAGCUCGCCUGCGUCUGCGAGGCGCUCCUGCAGGCGGGGAACGUGGAGCGGCUGUGGCGCUUCCUCGCCGCCAUCCCGCCCUCCUCAGACCUGCUACGUGGCAACGAGACCCUGCUGAAGGCCCAGGCCGUGGUGGCCUUCCACCGGGAGGAGUUCAAGGAGCUGUACGCCAUAUUGGAGAGCCACGACUUCCACCAGAGCAACCAUGGGUUCCUGCAGGACCUCUACCUCCAGGCGCGCUACAAGGAGGCGGAGAGGAGCCGCGGCCGCAGCCUGGGCGCCGUGGACAAGUACCGGCUCCGGAAGAAGUUCCCCCUGCCCAAAACCAUCUGGGACGGCGAGGAGACCGUCUACUGCUUCAAGGAGAAGUCCAGGAACGCGCUGAAGGACUGCUACCGGCUCAACAGGUACCCCACCCCCGACGAGAAGAGGAACCUGGCCAAGCUCACCGGCCUGUCCCUCACCCAGGUCAGCAACUGGUUCAAGAACCGCAGGCAGAGGGACCGGACCCCGUCGGGCACCAACUGCAGCAAGAGCGAAUCUGAUGGAAACCACAGUGCAGACGAUGAGGACAGCAAGGCAGAUUUGGAGGACGUUAUGGACAAACCGACAUCUCAAGACAUCGGAGGCCCGACUGCUUCUCUUAUAUCUCUCUCUGGCGCCCCCUGUGGUACUGGAGGUCAGCUCAUUCUCAACAGCACAGGGGGAUUUCUGACCAGCCCCCAUCCUCUGCUGCUCAACGGGAGUCCGUUACUGUCGGGGGCAGGAACUGGGGUCAUCAUUAACGGACUGACGUUGAGCGAUGGCCAUGCGGUCACCCUCAGUCCGGUAACGGCGAAUACGCCGCUGUUACUCAAUGGAGCGCAGGUCAUUACUAAAGCGAGCGGGAACGACGGCACUCCAGAGGAACACUGUUCUCCGAGUAUGGAGACCCAGAACACCUUGUCUACCGUGGUCCUCAACCCACAAGCCAGCUUGGCUAGCACAAUCCCUGUUCCACUGACCUCCACGGAAGAGGUGAAGGCGUCUAAUGGCAAUCCAAUCCUUCCGUUGGAUUUUAUCAGUGUUCCAGAAAACGUGGCUUUAAAGAACGUUGAUGCCACUCAGACAGUUCCUCCCAUCUCAAUACCCACCUCCACCAUUUCUUCUACAGUCCUGACUCCCACUUCACUUCAUUCACUGACACUAACUCAGAACGGCGUCCUCUCUUCAACGAUUCCCCAAUCAAAUACGGUCAUUUCCAGUCCAUUGGUGCCUCUGCAAUCGACUCAGCAACCUGAAAUUGUGGUGCUAGCUUCAGCAGGUUCUCAACUGAACCCCUCUUCAUCCAUCGCUCAAGUGGCAUCUUCCUCCACUGUCUCCACCUGCCCUCAGGUUUUAUCUUUACCCCAAGUGGUACCCUCCAUCCAGGGUAUCCCUGUAUCCCAAUUGGUGCAAACCCCAACCAUGACUCAGGUUUCAUCCUGUCCACAGCUAGUGCCAGUGUCCCCAAUCACGUCCCAAGUUCCCCAAAGCACCAUCCCUCAAUUUCCAACCCAGAACAUACACAUCGGCCCCAGGCUUACUCAAGCCCAACCUCAAAACGGCUCUACUACGCUUUGCGACAACUCCGGAGCGUCUAUCUCCCAGUUGGUUAAUGGACAAAUACCACAAGGGUUGACGCUUCAACUGGGCGAUCAAUCCAGCUCAGUCGCCAACACACAGAUACAGACUUCCCUGGGAACCCAAGUCAUUCCCAUCUCCUCCCCAACACAAGUAGUACCGGUUUCACAAUCCAAAGACACGGCACAGCCCCACCUCGUCCCUCUGCCCCAACUCAUGCCUGUGUCGUCCAUGGCUGGAGCUCCUACUGGAACCAUCUCCUUCUCUCAGGUGGUUCCAGCAGCACCUCCUCUCUCCAUCCCACCCCCUGGAGGUGCCUUCCAGAUUUUGGCGUCUGGAACGGGAGCAGGGGUCGGGGUGCCACAAGGGGCUAUACGUAUCACCCCAAUUGGGCCACCUCAGAGUACACCAGCAGCGGGGGCUAUUCCAAGUGUCCAGCUUCUUAAUUCAGGAGUGAUUCAGCUGCCUUCUGCCUCUCCAGGUAACUUCGUCCUGGCGGGCGGCAGCCCCUUCCUGAGCGUUCAGAACGGUAAACUUUUCCUCACCAUCCCAGGAGGCAUCCAGUUCGCCAGCGUUCCGGUCAAAUCCGUCCCAGAGAGUCCGGGCCCAAGUCCCAACGGCAUGGGGAGCAACGGACUGGAGCAAACAACCACUGGACCUUCGCUAGAUAAUCAGCCGGUUUCCUCGUCUUCUGUUCCGACGUCCAGCCCUCUCCAGCCAUCUCUGUUCGUCGGUUCUUCUGGGUAUUACUGCAGUCCUGAACCUGGAGCUCUCGCCAGCUCUACUCCGGGAGCUUCUCCAAAUACUCCAGACUCUUCUACUCCAACUUCCACCAGCAUCCUGCCCUCCCAGCAGACCCUCACCCCCGAGAGCAUGCUGUCCUUCAGUCCCAUCAGCAGCAGCGGUGGCGUGGCGAGCGUUUCCCAUAUUCCCCAGCCAGCGUGGAGUCCCGUGUCUCUGUUUGACGUACGUGGAAAGGGGGAUCUACCUGAGGACCCUGCUCUGUUGGGCCUACCUGGUGGAGAGUCCCUGCUGUUAGGUACCCCUCCUUCAAGCGACGAUGUGGACAGGGACUCUCAUCUUGAUGACGUGGAGAGGGACGGGGACUCCAAAAUACUCACGCAACUGCAGUCGGUCCCCGUGGACGAUGAUUUGGGGUUAUAACUCUCUGUAAUUCUUCUCAUUCGUCUUCUUCUUUGCUUGUGAGAAGCCCUGAGACAAUCAGUGAAUCAUUGACAAUUGGGCGAAUCAUUACCGUACAAUCUCAGAGGUAAGAGGUCAUCUUCGGUAACCUUUGGUAAUCUUCGAUAAUCUUUUAAACACUCAACAUAGCCUGAUCUUUCAUGUAUGUCGAAAUAUAUUCAACAUAAGUGCCUAGGCCUUUCCUAUGUGAUACAAAAAGAACUUGUAGAACUUUGGUUUUUCAUUGAAGGACCAGUUGAUUUGAUUAUUGGAUUAUUCUAUUUUGAGGAACAAUGAUUCGCAAUCUCUUGCUUUCUCUUGUUGAACUUCAGGCUUUAUUAUAUUAAUUGUGCCAACAAUCCUCACGAUAAUAAUCAGUUCUACUCAGUACACGCAUUAGCAAAGGCUUCAUCUGGGGUGGGGAGCAGUUCUUGGCUGCUACAUCAUAGAUGUAAAAAAUCCUUCGUAUAAAGACAAGAAAUGAAGGCGAGAUGUUCGAAAGCGAUUUGAAGGACGCUGCUGAGGUAUCCUUCCCAGCCAUCAACACAAUUAUCCAAAUAAGCGCAAAGCUCCAUUGAAAACCAUUGGGCUGUUUUGCAAAUGAAUUUCAUCGCUAUCUUCACCACUGAGUCUCGUUAGAUUGUUCCAUAUGGAUUGGCCCAAUCCCAUUUCUCUAAUUUGUAGCUCUACCCUAUUGAUUUUUGAGUGUAACCCUUUCAAAUUGGAACAGAAUAGCUAUAUAGCAUUGGAGCUCUAAAGUUCAGCAACCUAACUGCUGCUGCAGAUUAACUAGUUAACUUUACGACUUUACGUAUUUUAUCGUAUGUCUUCAGAAAGGGUGGAGUAGGUGGUGCCGCACUUCAUUAUUAUUGUCCAUUCUUUAAUUCCUCUGAAAUGUGGAGUUAAAAUGAGCUAAAAUUAGAUUUAAUUUGCUUUUAUUUUAUUAUAAACCCCCUGAUUUAGCUGACUCCAACCUCAGCUCAAAUGUGAAAAAGUUUGGCUUUGGGGCCACUGGGUGAUGUAUGGGUUUAGAGGCGGGACAAGAGGGAGAGCUGAUUGGGCCGAGCAGCGUAGAUUAACUGAUUUGCAUAUUUUGAUACAUUAUCCUCGCCUAUAGCACAGUUAAACUGAAGAGGGGUGAAAAUGACUGCAAUAAAAGCGCUUUUUAAAGGUUAGGAAAGGUUUAUAAAACUUUUAAGCAGGACUGGUAUUGUUCACAAUGUUAAAGGAACACGUUUAGCUAGCUAGCUAACUAGCUUCUUAUGCGAGAAAAUUACUAUAAAACAUUGAAACUACACAUUAAACUAUGUUAAUUUAGUGUUUAUCAUCAUUUUUAAGAAUGAAAAUACUCAAAUGUAUGGCUUUCUUUGGUCUUUUGUGCUGCACAAUCAUGCCAGUGAUUCUCAUAGACCUCUGUUUGGAGUGUUCCUCUGAAAAAUCAAUGUUUAGAAGCCUAAAAACGAAUGAACAAGAAGGGGUAAAAUUGGAUUAGGCCUUAAAAUGAGUCUUCCACCUCUGUAGUCUAUAGACUCUGGAAAUAAUUUCCUUUCUUUUAUCAGGACUUUUAUGGACAAACACUGAGCGGCAGAACUCUUAAAGUCUUUUCUAUAAAAUAAAAUACUACAUAUUUAAAAAUUGCAGAGUGCAUUGAAGGGUGGGCAGGUCCUCAGGUAGACUCUUCUGUUGAAGACUAUUCACACUUAUGAAACAAUCUAACAAGACAUUGCAGUUAAAACACUUUUUUUGUCAUUAUUUAUUUUUCGGGAGUCUUGAAAAAUAUACAGUAUCAGUCCAAAAGUUUGGACGCACCUUAAAUUCAGUGUUUUUCAUUAUUUAAAAUGUUAAAAUGCAUUGUAGAUUAAUACUAAAGUCAAGCAAACUAUAAAGAAAAACAUAAGGAAUCUUGGCUGGAUUUUUUCAGUCAGUUUUAUGAGGUAGAGUCUCUUGGAAUUCAGGCUUUCAGUUAACAGCUGUGCUGAACUCAUCAAGAGUUAAUAUUUGAAUUUCUUGUCUCUUAAUAAAGUGUUUGAGAGCAUCAGUUAAAGUAAAGUAGUGAAGAGGUAGAGUUACAGGUAUACAGUGAAUAGUGAAUAUUUGAGUAAUGUUCUAAUCCAGAUUAUGAAGUAAAGAAAGGAGGAGUAGUUUGGGAGGGGUGAUGUAUGGGUUUAGGGGCGGGGCAAGAGGUAGAGCUGAUUUCAUCUGAGUUUCAGAUGGUUGGAUGUCAGCAGGGGGGCAGUAUUAUUAAUUAUUAUAGACUGAUCUGCAUAUUAUUGUGAUGUAUCUGCUUACCAACGUACACGGAAACGUCAUCCUCACCUAUAGCACAGUUAAACCUGUGGGGGCGCUGCAGAGGAGGAAAUUACCACAAUACAAGCGGUAAUUUUUUAAAGGUUUGGAAACCUUUAGAAUAUGUUUUAUUACUUCAAGUGAACACAUUUUAGCUUUUAAUGCAAAAAAUAUGGUUUGAGGUUUAGUGACUUUUAAGAAAUGAAGGUCAGCCAAUACAAAACAAAGAAUUUUAAGAACUGUAGAUGCAAAGAUGGAACUGGCACUCAUCAGGACCACCCAGAAAAGAAACAACAAGAGUUCCCUCUGUUGCAAAGGAUAAGUUAGUCAGAGUUACCAGCCUCAGAAACUGUAUUUUUGCUUUUUUUAAGUUACUACAUGAUUCCUUAUGUGUUCCUUCAUAGUCUGGAUCACUUCACUAUUCAUUUACUAUGUAGGAAAAAAUGAAAAACAUUGAAUUAGAAGAUUUGUCCAAACUUUUGGCUUAGAAACUACAGCUGCUGUCUAAUCAAACACUCCAGUUCAUCACUACAGUGCACAAAGUUGGCCAGUUCAUUUCAUUGAUUCUAAGGAUGGGAGGGAAUCUAAAGAGAAGCUUUGAUAUUUAGGCAGUAAAGAGCUUUUUAGAGGUUUUUAGCUCUUUAUUCUAAGUUCCAGGAAUCACACUGCCAAAAUAUGUUGCCAAAACUCUUCUCUGUGGUGCUAAACUGAGUCACAGUGCCUUUAAAAAUGGAACUAAAGGAGUUACAGGUCGUAUUUUGUACGUUUUGUUAGCUGAGCAAUACUGACACUCGCUCUGGAGAGGACUGUAUAUUGAUUUUGGAACAGAAAUUAGAUUCACCUGCAGAUUUUUAAGACAUAAAGGCACUUCUCCAGCUCUUAGAUCAUUGUGAGCCUUCAGGUCUUGAGACCAACUAGAUAAAACAAGAUACAUAUAUUACACUCGUUGACAAAAAGAUAAAUAAAGCCAAUUUUUAGCCCAGUUUUUUGCUUCAUCAUGCGUCGUUUGUCCUCCAGUGUGAGAGGAGAAGCGCUGCCCAAACAAGCUUUUUAACGCCACAAAAUUAAUUGCAAAUAUUCCCAUAAAAAAAACUGUCUUGUGGAGUGAUGGCCUUUGUCAUAUGGAAAUCUUUCUACUGGAUAUACAGCUCUGUAAAAAAUGGAGAGCACUUCAGUUUCUGAAUCAGUUUCUCUAAGUUUGCUAUUUUAUAGCUAUAUGUUUGAGUAAAAUAUUCUCAUUUAGAGCAUUUAUUUACAGAAAAUGAGAAAUGUCUGAAAUAAAUAAAAAGAAGCAGAGCUUUCAGACCUCAAAUAAUGCAAAGAAAACAAGUUCAUAUUCAUAAAGUUUUAAGAGUUCAGAAAUCAAUAUUUGGUGGAAUAACCCUGUUUUUUUUAAUCACACUUUUCAUGCAUCUUGGCAUCAUGUUCUCCUCCACCAGUCUUACACACUGCUUUUGGAUAACUUUGCUUGGUUUAAUGGCUUGUGAUCAUCCAUCUUCCUCUUGAUUAUAUUCCAGAGGUUUACAAUUUGGUAAAAUCAGAGAAACUCAUCAUUUUUAAGUGCUCUUUUAUUUUUUUCCAGAGCUGUGUGUAUGUUGUAAAAUGGACGAAUCGUAGAGUCUGUGUACGUGGAUUUAGGGCUGCAGCGAUUAGUUGAUUUAAUCAAAAAUAGCAAUUAUUUAAAUUGUCUACUAAUCGUUCAUUUUUAACAAUAUUGCAUUACACAAAGUGCUGGAAACAGAAGCACAAUGGGAGAUGGGUAAAUGGGCAGGAGUAAACACGAGGUAACCACAGCAUGGCCUCCAUCCACAUGGUUGGGCACGUGCUUGUAAACGUGAGCAUGUGUGGAAAGCUGUGCACCUCAGUCCAGCACAGUUUUGCGCAGAUAUAAUUUACCUUUUAAAGAGCCAUUUAAAUGCCCGAUUAAAGUGCCGAUUACUGUUGUUUUGCUGUUUUCCUCAAGUUUUUUCCUCGGGGCGUGGCUGGUGACGUCAUUGGUGAUGCCCUGCAUUGUUUAAUAUUGCGAUUAAUAUUGGCGAAAAAAGCAAUGUAAUUUGCAAUGUAAAAUUUUUCCAAAAUCGUGCUUCAGCUGGGCCUGUAGAUCCUGCUCUACACUCGUAAGUUGCUAAACUAAAUGCUUUUUAUCAAUUGGUGGUAAAUCUGGAGACCAGGCAGGACAAGAAGUUACAUAGAAGGAGAUGUUACAUAUCUGCCUUUAUUUUUUUUUUGUCAAUGAGUGUAAAAAUAAUUAUUUUAAAUUUAAAAUAAUAUUGUGAUGGAAAAAUGAUUAGUUUUUAGGCCUUUAAACAAUAUCUAUAUAAACAGCAGCACCUUGCUAGAAUAGAUUUUUAUUUGAUUUGUUAAAAGGUCAAAUACACACAUAUAUGAAUAUAUAAAUAUAUAUAUUGGCUCCUCCAUUGUGUUCUCUUUUCUUAUUGAAAAGAGCGAUUACCGCUAUGUUCUGUAAAUCUGUUUUAAAACACUCACAAAAAAAAGUUUUCUCUCUUUUUUUUUUAAUAGGUUUUUUACCUUUUUUGUACUCUACAUUUAUGUACAUUUAUGUGCGUGUAUAUAUAUUUUUUUUGACAUUGAUUCUCACACACUGAGCAUUGUCGAAACUCUUCAAAGCAUUGUUACAGAAUAUCUCAGAUACGCCAAAUGUUACGUAGGUGACUUAAGUACACUUAAUUACCAGUCAUUUUAAUGAAUGUCGUUAAAUAUAUAUACCUGAUAUUGCUAGUAUUAGGUUAUCAGAAGUUUUUUGCAUUAUUGCAAGUUUUUCGCUUUCUCAUUUCGUCACCACUGCAUUAAUUAAAUAGCAUAAAUACAUCUUUUCCUGCUUUUUAAAUAGAUCUAUGGUCAAACACUAAGAACCCUAUUUUAUUAUUCUAUAGGCGAGCCAUCAAUUAUGCAUCGUGCUUUUUGCUAUUGUAACGACGGGAAAAGUACUCGAAAUGCACAAAAGGCAAGUACUAAUUCUCUUAAUUAAUCGAAGGUGUGUUUUGGUUCAUUUGUAAGAGCUUAAAGAGGCAGGUGAGCUCUGACUUUGGCGGAUUGCUAUUUUAAGGGUGCAGCUACCUGGACGUGUCCAACAAACGCUUCUUAGUAAAAGAAACUGUUGAGAAACUUACAGAUCAUUUAUGAGAACAGAGACAUGUUUGGCAGCUGUCUGGGUUGUAUUCAGUCAGUGGUGCACUUGUGUUUUCUAAUGCCAAGAUAGCAAUGCACCAUAAAUGUACCUGAACACACCUCAUUUCCAGACCUCCACGCCCAUCAGUGUAGAUAUAUUCAGAAGCUCUGUUUCUAAUGAAACGAUGCAGGUGGAACGAGUGAAAAAAUAGACUGUUGGCGGGGUGUAAGAUAGCAAUGAGCUCUAUAGCUUUUAAAGCAUAAAAUGCGAUAUUUUCAACACAUUCUGUGAUUCCAGUGGAAACAUCUGGUUUAUUGUGUUUGACAAGAACCUGCAAUAAGUGGUGGUGCACUUUUCCACUGUGCAGCUUUGCUUGAACAAACAUAGAAUAACACAGAAUAAUUUCGGUUCCCUAAAAAUUCAGUGAAUCCCUAGUUUUAAGCUAUUUAAUACAAUGCAUGUAGACGUUCACCCAGUAACAAGCUAGUUUCCUCAACAAAAUGCUCCUUAAAAUACUCAUUACUUAACGUCACUAUACUCUAUACUGUAUUAUACUAGUUUGAGAUGUUGGUCCUCAGAUGUUCACGAUGUAUCCAAUGCUCCUGCUCAUCACUACAUGCUAAAGCACAUGCUGAGAAAGCACUAUCGGCCAGUUCAUUGGGAAAAAUGGCGUAAAAAUGGAGGGAAAUACUGCUAAUUUAUCUAUGCAAUGUCUUUAAUUUGUCCAAUCGUGAAGAAGAAAAGUUCAUUGGUGCCCCCAUGGUGGGAUUAGUGUGUUCAUACAUGUGACAUGACUCCGGUUUUCACACAUAUCACUCAUAAAGCUACAGUUUAAGAACCUUUUAGACCUGAUAGGACUUUUAUUUUGUUGUUUUUUUCUUUUUAAAGGGGUGUGAAUUGUUCAGUGCAACCCAUUUUUCACUACAUUUUUUAUUUUAUUUUCUAUGUAUGUAUUGUGUGUCCAAACAUUGUGUUUGUGU